CGCCGUGAUUGCUCACCAGUUUGUGAUAAGAACUCACCAAAGUGUACGAAGCAAAAUGAAGCAAGUCGUUGUACUCGGGGCUGGAGUUAAUGGCCUUAGUGCUGCCGUACAGUUGGCUGAGCAUUAUUUUGGUGUAGCGAAUGUUACCCUCAUAUCCGAGGAAGUGAGUCCCAACACAACUGGAGACGGUUCUGCCGGCCUAUGGGGUCCCUACUAUUGUGGAAAAACUCCCGACCAUAAGAUUGUCAAGUGGUCGAGUGAAACACACGCUUUCUUUCAUCAGCUAUGGAAAAAUGGAUUAGCCGGAAAGGUUGGGAUAUGUUUACAACCGUGCAUGCGGCUGACGACGGAUCCAAAAGGAUAUCCGGAGCCGACUUGGAAAGAAAUCGUGUUUGGCUGCGAAAAAAUUUCAGAUUGUGACCUACACAGAUUGAGUAAAGCGCACGGUCGGCACUACACCGGAGGUUACCAGUUUGCCACAUUCACUUGCGAACCAUCAAGACUGUUGCCAUAUCUCUUCAACCGGUUCACUGCAGUUGGAGGAAAAUUUGUCAAAUGUAAAGUCCAGAACUUUGACGAAUUGCUAGAAAAGAGUUCCGCUAUCGACCUGAUCGUGAACUGCAGUGGACUCGGAUCACGCGAUCUUAUUGGCGACAGCAAGGUGUAUCCUAUCAGAGGGCAAGUUGCGCGCGUCAGUGCUCCGUGGAUCUACGAGAUCAUUCUUGAUGACAGUGACGAUGGAAAUUACAUUAUCCCGAAUUGUGAAACAGUCAUCCUAGGUGGAACGCACCAAAUGAAUGAUUUCAAUCGCAACCUUAGCCUGGAAGACAGCCGAUUUAUUUUUGAUGGAUGUGAGCGAAAGCUUCCGAGUCUAAAAAAUGCCACAGUUACUAGCGAAUGGGUUGGAUUGCGACCUGGUCGAGACAAUGUACGCUUGGAACUGGACCACUUUCGCUCAGGCAAUAGGUCGGUGCCUGUUAUUCACAAUUACGGCCACGGAGGUUGUGGAGUGACGCUGUGUUGGGGUUGUGCAAAAGAAGUUAUAGAAAUCAGCACCAGCGUAGAAUGGAAUCAAGCUAAUCGGUCUAAGUUGUAACUUUUAUUUGUUCAACCCGUAUUUCAUUUAAUCUUACUGGAAGGCCACACGAAGCGAAAAACGGAGCGUAAAAAUGUCAAAUCCAUCCCGCUUAUGUCAAAUCGUAUAUGAAUCCGCUGAGUUAUAAACGAUUUGACAUUAUUCUGAAAUGCCAAAUCGAGCUUUUGCGCAUCGUCUGGCCCUCCAGUUAGACAUUACCAUCAUAUACAUUUAAUCUUAGAUAAAAUUCAAAUUUCUUAUGGAAUUCUCAUAAAAAGUAGGUACUAAAUACGUACACAGGCAUAAAUGUAAAAAGAUUAAUAUUCCU